CUUGUGCUAGAAGUAGAAGAUGAUAAGAAAACGGAAGAAGGCAAGAAGAAGACCAGUGCUGUGUCCCAAAAUGCUCAUCUAGAAGUAGAAAGAAGAGGAGCGCUUGAAGAUCAUGGCAAGAAGACGGGUACGAAUAGUGGACAUACAUUGCUAGGAGUAGAAGAGGGCAAGAAGAAGACCAGUGCUGUGUCCCAAAAUGCUAAUCAACAACUAGAAGUAGAAAAAAGGACUAAGGCUUCUGAUGUUCCGGCACUACCCUUAGCAUCACGAGGAGUGGUUGGGCACAGCAGCGGCGUACAGGAGAAGGAUGUGAAUGAUCUUCUGGAGUCUAGUAGUAGUAGUUGUGGAAGUAAGAGGCCACCAUCGGCGUCACCUCGCGACGGACAAAGAAAGAUCCCUGCAAGGGGUUAUCGAGAGAACGCGGAGACGCUGAUCGCAUUGUGCCCUGUAGCAGACCCGAAAUCACCAGCUGCGCUCGGAAGUCGCAGUGCUAACAAGAAGAGUACUCCAAAGAUCAACAAUACCGCUAAAGCUGCUAGUCAUCAUCUCGACAGGAUGAGCGCUCAAAGCAGCAGCGGCAAAGGAAAGCAACGUAAAGCCAAUGAGAGUGUGAAGGAGAAAAGCAAAGACAGCAAACUCAGUGAAAGCGUAGAAGAGAACAAUGGGAAUGCUCUGACUCCGAAAGCUAAGCGACGAAAGGUUGCUUCUGCGCGUUUGGGCGAUGACGAUGACAAAUCCGGCGACGAGCUGCCAUCAUCUGGCUGUACUUAUUUUUUUCGAUUUUUGUGUUUAGUUGUACUACCUCAAAUAGUAAUAUGGAGGAUAGAUACUUACCUAUAAUGAAUUGUCCUUCAUCUCUUUGACGAAAUAGGAUGGACUGAUACAACUAACGUGCUAGAUUAAAUUGUCCCUGGGGAAGUAGGUUACAUCAAACGUACUCAACAUCCAGUUACAUCUUACGGUAGUGAAGCGGCAUAGUCGCGUAUGCAAAGGACGAGCAGCUAUGACAGGCCUCCGCAAAAUGCUAGCAGCUAUGAGGCAGCAAGGAGGUUGAGCAACGAACAAGAAAAUUUUUUUGAUGCUGGUUAAUAAAGAAGAAUACCCACUUUUUAUUUGUAUCCACAGUGACCCACGUCACAUAAUAAAGAAGAAUACCCACAUAAGUGAACGUCACAUGUUGAUUGUACAACUCUUGGUAAGGAACUCAAAGUCCCGACAUAACGAGUGAAGUAACUCGAAUUCAAUGAACAAGAUACACGACAAUGUUGCUGACGACAACAAUGUUACUGACUCAUUAAAAAGUCAGAAAUUUCAUGGCGAAACGCACAACAGCAACUUCGAUUACCCUAGCACGAGCAAAGCCACUCGAUCUUCAUCUUCAG